CACUGAUUGCACGUGUGGAGGUUACACUGGGUCACUGCUCAUAGGGGGCGCUUCAAUGGAGAACAUCGGCACUCUGAUUGAUGAUGUCAUCGUUCAACAGGUGUUAAAAAAUGCAUUGAGUCGUGUGAUGUCAUCUGUGAAAGAGGAGCUGAUUGUCUCCGUGUCCUACCUUCAGUUUCACCUGGAUGGCAAUGUCGAGGACCUCCUGAACCCUGACACACAAACUCUAGAACUUGUCCUUCAUCCGAUCCUCGGAGGUGUUAUCAGAGGUUUAGCGGAGGUGUGCGUAGGCUCUGCAGAGGAAGCCUACUCGCUCUAUAAAACAUGCAGGGAAGCACAAAAGGCCAAAGAAGAAUCCAUUUCAUCAAGAUGUAGUUGGCUUUUCACAGUUGCAGUGGAGUGGAAACUCCAAAACGAUGAAGUGGCCUUUCAACUCUGUCGUAGCAGACUGCGGGUGUUCGGUCUGGUGGGAGGAGCCAACGGGACGGACCUCAUGGGCAUCAGCCCACUGCUGAAGGUUAUGGAUCAACUCCCACGUGAGGCCGCCAAAACCGAUGCACUCUUGCACAUCCUCCUAAGCGACGCUCUCACAGGAAAUAGCAGGACGGCGCUCAUCUACUUUAUCCAACCUCAAGGCAAUUUGGAUGACGAGACGCCAUCUGCUUUAGCUUUGGCCCAAAGAGUGAAGCGUUUAGUGACGAGGCCUUCCCAAUUUUGCUGGAGUCCAAAGAAAACGGAGCAAGAGAUCCGAGGUCAUAUUAUGGGGCUGAGACAUGUGAUGAUGUCAGAUUCGGCUAAUGGGACGUAUAACAUCCACAGGCUUGCUGAGCUCAUCCAAAGCCUGCAGAUUGUGAAAGAGCAGUCGUGGGAGAAGAAAAGGGAAGAAUCACAAAGGAUUAAACUUAAGCUGUGUGGCCUCCAAAAGAUCCAAAUGGACGGUCACUUAUCUGGAGGUCACAACAUCAAUCCCGAAAAUACUUCAGACACCGUGAAAAGUUUGCAGGAAGACUUAAGGCAGGAGAUGGAGGCACAUGUAAGAGGAGGCGCAGGGAGCCUGGAGAAAGUCCAGGAGAGCAUAACAAGGAUCCUGCAGUUGAUGGAGCCUCUCAGAAAGGAACCAAUUAAGAAUAUUCCUGCAGAAAAAUGUGACCUCUGUCUACAAUUAAAUGAUGAGUAUCAGUUGGAAGACUGCCAUGCACACGAGCGUAGGAGGCAAGUGAAAGAGCUCAGCGGGAGAUUAAUUCAGCAGGAGGUGGAGAAAAUACAGAGAGACUUGACGAGGGAGCAGCUUCCAGGUGAGGGCGUUCAGAGAGAGCUGCUGGUGAUGAGCAAUGAGAGACGGGUUCUGAUGCUGCAGAUGGAGGCCCUGCGAGUGGAAGCGGAGCAGGCCCGCAAGGACCUGCUGGUGCAGCGUCACAAGCAUCAAAGUGAAGUGCAACGUCUAAGGGAAGAGAGCCUGCAGGUCUUCAGGAGGUUUUAUGAAUCAAGCGAAGAUCUGAGGAGGACGUCUGAGGCCAGAUACAGAAGCGUGCUGCUAGAGGCUGUGCACGAUGCUGUUUUCCUAUCUGCUCAGAACCAGCAGCUGCAUGCCAACAACAAACAACUGCGUAAAGCUCUGGGGGAGUUGAAAGAUACUCUCACUAAGUGAGGUGAGCACAAUUACCUCCCAAAAGUUACAUGUGACGAAACGUUGUAGGUGCAUGAGAACUUACCUUGUGGACCUUGUGUAGCACUCCUUAAUGUAUUAGAAAAUGUGCAACUUUUGUGGAAAUUGCUUGCGAAUGCGCAAAUGCAGAAAUUUGAGUGCAAGCGUAUUGAUGUAUGACAAUUCAAUGAAUUUUAAA